AUGUCCGAUCCCCUUUCUGUCGCCGGAUCGGCGGUGGGAAUCAUCUCCCUUGGUCUGCAGGUCUGCGGUGAAAUUGUCUCUUACUUUCAAGAUUGGCAUGGCUUUGACGAGGAUAUUCAGAGAAUUUAUGAAAAGGCAGAUGGACUUCGCAUGCCACUAAAGGGGUUACAAAGGAUUAUAGAGUAUGCCCAAAGAGCCAACCACGCUGAUGCAAGUGACCUCGAAGCAAAGGCCCAGAGCCUCCAACAAGCAAUAACGAGGCUCAAAUCGGCAACAGAUCGAUGUGCAUCUGCGGGCUCAAUCACAUCCAAUGGCUUUCGCUAUCAACUUCAAAAAGCUAAAUACCCAUUUAAGAAGUAUGGAUUGCGCGACAUAUCCAAUGACUUGGAUAGUGUCCAAUCGAUACUAAAUACCACUCUGCAAAUGUAA